AUGGCUGCCCUUCCUGCUCCGCCUGCUCCUGUUCCUGACCAGGCUGUUGAAGAGCCAGCUGGCGCUGUUGAAGCUACUCCGCCACCAGUGGUUGAGCCUGAGGUAUUUGUUGCUUUUCUUUUGUUUCGGUCAGCCGAGCCCUGCGAGCCACUCGUUUCUUUGCCACGCGUUUACGUAUUUUUCUGUUAGGUAUUUUUCUAUACUUCCGAAUGUAGUCCUCCGUUUUGCUUGCUGGUUGCCACGUGUUUACUCGGGUGUUAUUAUUCCAUAUGCUAGCGUUUUUGCCGCUUUGUAAGCGAGGUUUUUCCGCCCUAUGGCGCGGGAGAUUAGUCUUAUGUCACGCUUUGACGUGUGCUUAGGGUUUUCGCUUCGCGGCAAGAGUUUGCUGUUUAAUUUGUAGCGUAAGAAGUUUUCCUUUUAUUGUUUUGUUAGUUACCGCUUUCAGUGGCUUGCUAAGGUGUUAGUUCAUCAAUGCAUAUUUUUUCACCCUUUAUUGCAAGAAGUUUACACCUUAGAGCAUAAAUUAUAGGACCUUUGUUUGUCUUGCCUGUGCUCGCUCGUUAAACAAACAAAAUUAUAAACAUAUUAUAUCUAUUAAGUUUGGGAAGGAAAAGGAAAGUGCGUGCUUGAGGUUUCCGCUUUGUUAGCGAGGAGAUACCGCUUUUCCAUAGCGAGAAAUGGUGGUGGUAAGAUGUGUGUAUAUUUUUGCGAUUGGAGGGUUUUUCGCUUCACAAACGAGGAGAUACGGCUUUAUAUUGCGAGGAACGUUGGUCGAUAUUUCUAGGCGAGGAGAUACCGCUUAUAGCAACGAAGUUGUGUUAGUGAUUGUACAUAAUUUAUUUUUGGGCAUAUUGGGAGUUUCCGCUUUUCGUGCGAAGGGAUACCGCUUUAAGGCGAAGCCUGCUCAAUGUUUUUUGUUAGGAGGUACCGCUUCUUAGCGAGGAGUACUGUUAGCGGAUGUGUGUAUAUUACCUUUGCAUAAUUGAAGUUUCUGUUUUGUCAUAAUGAGAUACCGCUUUUAGGCGAGGAAAUUAUAUUAGUGGUCAUUAUUUGUUUAUUUAUCUAUUUCACGCAUUCCUGUUCUGAUUGUUUCGCGUUGUAUGCGAGAACAUGUAGCUUCAUGUUGUACGACUUUGGGGUUAUGUGUUUUCCGGCAGUAAGGAAACAUGCAAAAAAAAAAAAAAAAAAAAAAAAGAUUGAGAGAAGCGGAGCUAAGUGUAAGGUAAAUGAGAUCAACAAGGGAGACAGGAACGUUAGAUCGUUAUCAUACCGUAUGGUUAUGUAUUUUCCCUUUUGCUCGUAGUUUUUCAUUUUAUAUGCAUAUUUGAGGGAUACCGCUUUGUAGCGAAGUGUCUUAGUCGUGCUGAUUUGGGAAUGUUUUUUCUUUACGACUUUGGUUGGUCUACUUUCGUUUUUGUUUUGCGUGCUUUCUGUUCCUUUUGGACAUUUAAUCGGCUUCUAUGUGUUCCCUUUUGCGGUCGUGUUUGUUGUUUUCGUUUCGUUUACCUUUAUUUUUUUAAUUUUUUCUCUCGUCUGUCAGGCUGAUGUUCGUUUGGUUGAGUUAGAAAGAAAGGUCCGAGCCCUUGAGCAGGAGAAAACUUUGGAAACUACCGAGGGUACUUUGGUUAACCUUAGAAGAUACCUUAACCGUCCUAAUAGCGCUUUUGACCGUUUCGAAGUGUUGGACAUUUUACAAGUUUUAGUGCGCCUCGCGCGUACCCAAGCACACCAGAAGGCUGAAGAAUAUGCCGCGGCCCUUGACGAGGUACGUGCGAGAUGGGACUCUCUCAGUUCCCCCGAGUUGCAGCGUUUAUUGCUCGGGCUGUUGGGGGACCCCGUUAUAGCAAAGGUCGCUAAAGAAGCUGCUUCCAUACUAAACUCUGCUUCCAAGACGUUUGGUCAGUCGCACGUUGGCCCUAUACGUCCAAGGCUUGGAAUACCGUUCGGGCACCUGUAGGGCCACUCAGGCGCAGUACGGACGGGGGACGUGGAGCCCUUAGUUAUGGAGGGCGAGCAAACACUCGCGGAUAUACUCGCUUGAUGUUUGAUUUACAAGAUUUUGUUGACUUGUACUUUCCUUUUUGUUUUAUUUUUCGCUGUUAAAUAAAACAUUCUGCUUGUGUUCAUCUUUGUCCAUGUCUUUUUUUUUUUUGGAAAAAAAAAAAGCCCUUCUUGUCGUUGACCCUGGGGGACCUCCUAUGUGUCUCUGUUCUGGACCUGGUUCGGAUUCUGGGGACAACGAGGGGUUGGUUUCCCUGUUUGUCUCCGCCUAGCUUUACGGUUUUCCCUUUGCUCCCUUUUUCAGGCGCGUCAUUCUCGUUUCGCCUCGCGGAUCUUGGAGGCUCGGGACUCGUAUUUACAGUUUCGAUUUCGCGGACCUGUCCUUCUUCGCUCUUUGGCACAGGGAACCUAGCCCUUCGUUGGCCCCCUGGCCUCUCCGGAGAUGGUUUCCUCUCGCCCGGAAUUAGGUGUUUUGACCAGCCUUCGCUUCCGUGACCCGGGUCAAAGCUGGUAUGAUUCACGAAAGUUUCCCUGUUUGGCAGCGUCUUCUGGCCGAUUGUUACUGUGCAGUGGAUCUUCUCGAGAUCCUCCGGGAUGGUGUUGGUGUGGAGCACUUUUUCACCCCAUUUAGGGGGGAUUUUAAGGGGCAGUUCUACCAUACGCAGACCACUCCUUCCAUUCAGAUUAAGAACGCUGCUAUUUGCGCAUCAGGGGUUUUGUCCGUUUGGGGAGAAGUUGGAGUCGUGUCUCCGCCUCAUUUGGUCCUUCCAAUUACCAUUGAGCCGUCCAAGCCUCGUCUCUGCCACGACGAAAGGUUUUUAAAUUUAUGGAUUAGGGAUCUUCCAUUUAAAUUAGAUCACCUGGCUGAUUUGCCCCGGUAUGUUUUGCCUGGGCAUUUCCAGACGACCUUUGAUGACAAGAGUGGCUACCAGCAUGUUCGGCUGCAUCCGUCGUCUGAGAAGUACUUUGGGCUCGAGUGGGAUAAUUUCUUUUUUGUGUUUCGUACGCUCCCCUUUGGUUGGAAGGCCAGCGUCUAUAUUUAUCAUAACUUAGGUCUAGUCGUCUCGCAUGCCGCUCGCUCCCUUGGGGUUCCCCUGUCACAGUAUAUUGACCCCCGUCAUGUGGGACAGCUUUUUGCCUCUCCGAUGCGUUCCGUCAUUCUUCCAAGCACUCAGAGAGCUGAAGCUGCAGCUUACAUUGUGUGUUACAUUCUAAUCGAAGCUGGCUAUUUCAUUAAUACUAACAAGUCGCAGUACGUUCCUUCUACGGUGGUCUGUUUUUUGGGUUUUUAUGCGAUUCUACUCGCCAGGCGUUUCUUAUUCCCCAGAAUAAACAGACGAAGUUCGCGAACUUGCGGGAAAGUAUUUUGUCAUCCUCCUGUGUCAGUCUUAAAACGCUGCAACGCUUCGUUUCUUUUGCCUGGUGGCAAGCUUUACGUCCGCGAAGUCUUUAACGUAAUAGCCCAGCUUACGCGUUCUUCCAAGGCUGCUGCUAAAGUCCAAGGAAGACUCCGCUUUGAUGUCGCAUAAAGGCGCUUUUUAGACGAUUGGUCAGAUUGCUUGCCUUGGAGGUCGGAGCAACAUUGUAUAGUCUCCCUGUUCUGUGAUGCCUCUAAACGCUCGUGGGGUGGAGUUCUUUUUAAGGACGGGAGAAGGAUCGAGUCCAGAGACUAUUGGAUAGAUGCUUCCUAUGAUAAUAACUCUCUCGAGGCUAAGGCUUUAGUACGCUCACUCUUCGCUUUCCGAGAUCAUGUACGUAAUUCUAGGGUUGAUAUUCAUACUGAUAAUCGAACCCUCAAGGCCGUCUUGGACAAUUUUGGCUGCAAGAAUUCAUCUGAUAACGAUUCUGUCAAGGAAAUCUUGGAGUGUAGCCGUCCGUUAAACUUGGCUAUUGAUGUCCAUUAUGUUCCUUCCCGCGACAAUAUGGCAGACGCACCUUCUCGAGCGUGUUCGGACCUUGACUGUAUGUUGUCAGAACAGGCCUGGAAUUAA